GCUGGCCGCCAAACAACUCGCGAGCAUUGUACGUACAAGCAGCAAUCGGGAUGGAAUAUGUCACUCAAGUCACGCCGCCGACUGUGGUGCCGCCAAGCAAGAUGUCCAGAAUACCGCCAAGGAUUGCCGGCAAGGAGGAUAUCGCGCCUGCCGGACAGCGACCGCAGCCGAGUCUGCACAAAGCCAAGAGCAACGUUCAGCUUGCCACGCACCGGACGCCGCUGCAAGAGAAUAGUAACGCCCGACACGAGCGAGCAAUGUCAAAUGAAGGCUUCAUUAGCGCAGGAUCAGACACAGAGGCGAGCGCACUUUCGCUGGGACCACGCAUGAAGAAGCUCAGUCCAGCACCGUGGGACAUGGACAAACAAGCCGCGGGAGCGCCUUCGAGCAAGCUACUCGCAUCCCCGUUUUCCGCUGGCAAGCCAAAAGCGCGUCACACAGGUCUCAAAGCGAUCCUCACAAAGUCUGACGAUGGCCACUCGCAAGAUGACACGACGAAUUGCUCCACUCCUAAGUCACCAUCCGCAAAAUCUGUCAAGUCGUCUCGCAGUAGGAAGAAUUCGAUGGCAAGUUUGAGCGAUGCGGGCCAUUCGCACCUCACGACAUGUGCCGAUGCUCCGCCGGUACCCCUCCUCAGAGAAAGCAAGUACGUCUCACCUUCAGGUGCACGGCCAGAAGACAAGAGCCUCUCGCCAUUUUUCGCGCCAACUGCCAGCCCGACACCUUCAGCAGCUGUGUCGCAUCGCACCAUCAGCGAGCCACCCUCGCCUGCGCCGCUGCCAAGUCCAUCGCUGCAGCCCGCGCCCUUGCCUGCCUAUGAGAUGCCAAGUUCGCCCAUCGGAAGCGUCAUGCCGAGCACGACACAGACUGUGCCGACAUUCAAGCUCAUCUCGCUGCAUGACGCUCAAGCGCUCGCAAGGGACAAGGCCGCUGCUGCCGUAGCUGCACGCAAAGCAGCUAACCCAGACUGGGACGACGCCGCGCCUCUAGACGCGUUCUCGGGAGAUGAGAACGCCAUCACGAGGGGCUCAGCGCCUAGUAAGGCUACAAAAGCACACCGAAAGACUGGCUUCUUGGGUAUGUUCAAAUCCAAGGCAGAUGAAGAUGACAUCUCUUCGUGGCCCAAACUCAAUAUCAACUCGCCACCAUCGCCCAAGCCAUUCCCAGAGCUCGCCUUGCCUGCCAUCAGCGAGCCGGUCUCUCAAUCCCCUGCGCAACUCAGCCCGCCCGUUCUGCUUUCGCCCGGCGGCACGACCUCGCUUGAACCGCCCAGCUUGACCUUGCGUCCCGUGUCGAUGUUCUCAGCCAGCACAUCAUUCGGUCUGUAUCUGGACGAGAACAGAGCGGAUGGUAUAGCAGAAGAGAGCGAAUUGCCUUCGCCUGCUCUAUCGGGUCAGGACGAGCUGUUACCUUCGCCUUCUACUGCCGCCUCUUCGCUGGGUCCCUCUUCAAUCCAAUCAUUUGAAGUAAAGAAGCCGUCAAGUUCGACCGACCCGGCCGUCAUGGCUCUGUACGAGCAGAUCCUCAAGGCUCGCAGCUCCUGGCGAAGUCAGAUGAAGGUACUCGAGACGCAAGUUGACAGUCUCACGACCGAAGUCACGCGUCUCCGUCAAGAGAAAUCAUCACCGCAACUCUGCAAACACUGUCAUGCUGAUUUAUAAGUCAUACAC